AUGGAUCUGAUUGAUAAUAGGGGAGCUAGAUUGGAUGUGAUUGCAGAAGAAGCUGAAUUUCAAGAGUUAAACAAAGACAUGUACAGCUCUCAAAAGUCUGGGAAGGCGAUGAACGAACAUGAUGAUGUAUUAAACAAUGCUGGUAUUGAGAGUGACAUCAACAGCACCAGAAAUCAAUUGCAAGAGAAGGUGGCUGAGAUGGAAAACUUUGCAGGACACCUGGAAGAAAUUUUUCUAACUGUUGAGGAGAAUUUUGGCCGACGGGAACAGCACUUGGAGCAGCACUACACCGACGUGCUACAGACAAUAUCGCAGCGUUAUGACGAGCGUGCGGCCAGACUGGAAGAUGAAAAGAAGAUGAAGCUGGAGGUUCUGUAUGCCCAGCUGUUGGCCUGCGGCCACGCUCUAGACGCCUCCAAGGAGCUCAUUGAAGAAGCCAAGGAGGUGUACCGAAACCAGGACAGCAGGCUUUUUCUCAAGGCAGUAGUUCCCACCAUUAAACGAAUUGAGGCGUUCGCCAAGGAGGAGAUGGACCUCACACUAGCCACAAGUCUUGAAUUUGAAACACCGCUUGCUGACCUGUCAGAUGUCAAAAGCAUGAUGGAUUCCAUUAACAUUGUUCCAGCUCCAUCUGCCCCAGUUAUAAACCCCCAAAUGGCAAACUCGGCCUCCCAAACAUCCCUACGUGUGUGCUGGAGUCUGUUCUCUGAUGACACUGUGGAGUUUUACGAGCUGUACUACAGACCCGUGCUGCAGGACGCGCCUCUGGACAGUACAGCUACCCCGCACGUAAGCAAGUUAAAAGUGAAAGAAACCCACUGCACAGUGAAAGAGCUUCUGCCUGGUGCUCAAUAUGAACUCUGGGUUACAGCCACCAACACAACAGGCAUCAGCCCUGCCAGUGAGAAGGCCUUAUACAUGACAGUUCCGUUGCCUCCAGUGAUCAAGCAGAGGGAAUGCUGCAGUUGUCCAGAGGCUGCGCUCAUACGUUGGGAGUCAGGAAACCCUGACCCUGUUGACUCUUAUACUGUAGAGCUCACUGAACUGAAUGGGCCUGACGGCACUGAGAAGGGGGUCACCGAAUCUGUGGUAGCAGUGCCCACAUGUCAGUCCCUAAUCCAGCUUCAGGCAGGCCGCCGUUACCUUAUCUCCGUGAGAGCGGUCAAUAUCGGUGGACCCAGUGAUAGGAGUGAGGUCAUAAGCAUAUCCACUUCUGGCACAUUUUUCUAUCUCCUUGAGGACACAGCCCACCCAUGCCUGUCCAUCUCUGAUGAUGGUUUUACUAUUUUUUAUGGAGAUGAAGAGCUGCCUAUCAGUGCGAUGGCCUUAGAUGAUAACAACUUUACCAGGUGCGUAGCAAUCCUUGGGGAUUUGAUUCCGGUGCGAACUAAGCAUUACUGGGAAGUAGAGGUGGACGACAGGACUGAGUUCAGAAUUGGAGUUGCAUACGAAGACACAGAAAGGAAUUCCUACCUGGGAGGAAACACUACCUCCUGGUGUAUGAGACACAUCCUCACAACUUCAAGACACAGGUACGAGUUUCUGCACAACGGCCAGAGCCCUGACCUAAGGAUCACUGUAAACCCUGUCCGAAUUGGCUUGGCGUUGGACUAUGACCGGGGCAUUCUGUCUUAUUAUAAUGUGGAUCUUGAACAACACCUGCACACCUUCCAGUGUCAUUUUCAGCGUUACGUGCAACCUUGCUUUGGACUGGACAGUCCGGGUGCUCUGACUAUACACACUGGGAAAGAAGCUCCAAAAUACACAAUACAAUACUAG